AACACAAGAAAUGGCCAUCCAACAAAUUACGCAUGCGCAGUAGUCGGCGCUUUAAAACAAGUCUUGAGGAGGGAACAUGAAGGCACUUUGCAGGUGGUCUUGAAUAACAGUCGAGGACAGCAGCUCUAAUGGGAGGAAGCUGUGGUUGAAAUGCACCGCCGAGGCGCUGCAGGAUGAACAGUCGUUGUGUUCGCCAUGACUCUGAGGUCCACACUGUUUCCAAAUACAGGAUUCAAGCAGGACGCUGACACCAACGACUUUGACAAAACGCAUUUUGGGGCCGCCACGGUGGGACCCGUGAGCCUCAAGAGGGAGUCCUGCGACUUUGUUAUAGAUGUUCAAAACGCACACGGGGGCGAGAUCCCGAGCAAAUCAAAGGACUUAGGCCAGAAUUACAUGACAAGCAAAGUUUCCCUCGCGGCCACAGUUGCAGAAGACAAUAAAACUGUGGGGAUAUUGUCCCCUGUCAGACAAAUGGGGGGUGAGGGAACCCCAGUGAAAGGUAAACCCCUCUCUGCUGACAAUAUGGAUAACCCUCAGAUGGCUCUAAACAAUAACCCCAAGGAUGGAGUUGCGGAUGACAGUGCAAAGGGGGUUGUCCCAGGAGUCCUUGGCACCGCAUCCAUUGAACUCUCCUCUGAGGGCAAGUGGAGGAACAUCAGGAAGACCCCUGCCAAUCCCCACACACAGGCCAACUGCCUCCGGCAGAUUCUCCUCCUCCAGUUGGACCUUAUUGAACAACAGCAACAACAGCUGCAGUCCAAGGACAAGGAGAUAGAUGAGCUCAAAUCAGACAAGGAGACACUGCUUGCAAGGAUUGAGCGCAUGGAGCGUCGCUUGCAGCUCACAAAGAAGGACCCGCCGCGUGACAAGCGCCUUUUCCAGCCCCUGGAGCCAUGGACCCCUGACAAGGAGGACAUGUGGGAUCUGGAAGUAGAGGAGAAUCCACAGCCCAACACAGCCACUCCGCUCCCCUUUAGUCGGGGUGGCAAAGGUCAAAAGAGGAAAUCUUGCUUUGGAGAUACAAAAGUCCAGAAAUCCCGGGGCAAAAGUGCCAAGCUCAGCCCCCAGAAGUCCGAGAUUCAGCCGGGCUCUCCCAAUCAGAGAGAGCUGCGCAGUAAAGAAACCCCAGAGAAGACCGUUCCCAUGAGGUCGGGCUCAGAAAGGGACCUUAUGCUCCCGUGCAAAGAGGAGCCCGAUCUGAACUGUCAGAUCGAAGACCUGCCCUUCAUGUCUACUACAGAGAUGUACCUCUGUUGCUGGAACCAACCUCCUCUGUCUCCACUGCGUGAGACUUCCUCUAAAAAGGAAGAAGAGGUGGCCAGUGAGUGGACUCCUCAUGUAGUACAUGAUAUGCUGAUUGUUUUUCCAUCUUGGAGGGAAAAUCACAUAGAGCCUUUGGAAGAGGACUACUCCUUUAGUCCCUCUGAGCCGCUGGAUGACAAUGUGUUCUUAAAACGCCACGCGAAGCUGGAGUUGGAUGAGAAGAGGAGGAAAAGGUGGGACAUCCAGCGAAUCAGAGAGCAGCGCAUGUUUCAGCGUUUGCAGCAGCGCAUGAACAGGAAGAAGGUCGUCCCGGAGACCGAGCCAGAGCUCUCGUCCUUCUAUCCCGACACUGAAGAUGUUGAAACUAUCGUGAUCACUCCCUUCUUGCCUGUUGUUGCAUUUGGCCGGCCGUUGCCCAAACUCUCACAACAGAACUUCGAGCUGCCUUGGCUGGAUGAGCGAAGCCGAUGUCGCAUCGAGGUGUCCAAAAAACAGACUCCCCACCGGACCUGUCGGAAGUGAAACCCUGUUGUGUGUGUGUGUGUGUGUGUGUGUGUGUGUGUGUGUGUGUGUGUCAACCUGCGGAGAGAUGCCACUCCAUGCCCAGAUUAGAAAAUGCUAUAUUUGUCUUGCCUGGGGGGGAAAAGACAAGUCGCCAGUCCCUCUGUGUAACUGCUGUUGCUUUCAGUCUGAAUUCUCAACGGGUCUCCACUGACCAGGGUGGGAUGAUAGCUGCGCCACUGGGUGUCAGUGAUAUUUUUGGUCUCAUUUACACUUCUGAAAAGGAGAUUAAAAUGCCGGAUGCCCCAAGAUUACAAUCCCUGUGUUAGCAGCUGUUGUCUGAAACGUAUGAUCAGUUAUGUGCAUGUUCUGUAACAUGUUUAAAAUGCAUUUUGUAGCAUCCAAAGUUGAUUUUAUCACAAAAGUGGAGUUUCUCUCACUCUUUAUGCACAGUCAGCUGAAGUGGAAUCUAAUCUUGAGCGCUUUCAUGUGGGGGGGGGGGGGUGAAAAAAAACAAACAUUGGUUGCCAUUUUGAUUGAAAAAGUAGAGCUUGUGCUGUACGUCAUGAGCAAUACGGCUACAACUUUUUGUUCUGGGUCGUCCUCGGUCAUUCUCCCUGCCUAUGUGAAAAAAAUCGAAGUCAAAAUCUAUCGUGCUGUGUAUCGCCUAUAUUGUUGUUCGCAUACAACUUCAAAUAACAUUUUAUCAAUGUUUAGUGUGAUGUCGGGAGGUUUGAUCCACACUCAGCAUGAUUACAUAUUUAACAAACUUACAGUUCUUGCCAAUCUAAUGUAAGAAGAAAUUAACAAUAAGCAACCAAAUGAUUGUUCUGUGUUCCUGGUUUGCUUCAUAAAAACAACAGCACGGAGCAUUAGACAGCUAGUGAACUUGGGAGUGAAACCCAGUGUUCUGUUCCCUGUUUUGUUCCUAUUAGUUUGUUUUUUUGUGUGUGAGUUGCAUGAACUCUAUUUAGCUGUUUUUAAAAAAAACAUGGUAGCAUGGCUUCACCCCAGAAUAGAAAAUAAUCUCUGCUCUUUGGGCUACGACAACUACAAAAUAUUGUUCUUGAAAGCAUGACUUUUGGCUGCUCGGUUCAGUGAGAGCUGCUGCGUUCAUCAUAACGCAAUCUGAUAAUAACAAAGUACAGUUUUGAUCUUUCGUGUUUCCAAUCUUUACAAUAUGCUUAAUAUUAGGCAAGUGGUGUGUAUGCAUUUGGUCUCUUAAGGAUGCAGUUACCUGGCAUUCAAGGGAACCACUUUAGACAAUAAAUAAGCUUUCUAGCUGUUAGUUCUAGCGAUGUUCACCAGUACGCUCUUUAAGAUGCUGCCAAUUAAUCUCUCCUUCUCUGAGUUAAUCGCAGUUAGAAUCGCAGUGUUUGAUUUCUGCCCGUGUCUUCUUCCUUUUUUUUACAUACGAUGCAAUAGCUUUCUGCAGCUUCAGCACUUCUGCCAGGCGUAUGUGUAGGCACAAGUUGAUUUUUUCUCUUUUUCUGUACAUAGCUUUCAGAAACAAAUGUACAUAAAACAUGGCUGUUAUUUUUUUAUUAUUUAAUGUUGGACGUGUUGAGUACAUUCAAUAUUGUUCUAUGAUUGUAUGUUGACAAAUUGACAGUUUUGAAAGUUACAUUUUUUUGGAAUAAAAUUAACAUGUCUACGAUAA